AUGGCAGCCAUGGAUAUCGGCGCUCGUGUUGAGGCACAUUCCCUUGUCAAUGCUCCUCACUUGAACGGAUGCGUGGGCAAAGUCUGCGCUUUUGAGGGAGAUCGAGUCGGUGUCGAUUUUGGCUUACCGCAAGGGGCCAAGGCAUUGAAGGCUACAAAUCUCUUAGUUCUCCCAGCGCAGAAGUUGCCUGUAACUGUCCUCAGUGGAUUUCUUGGGGCUGGAAAAACGACGAUGCUCACCCACAUUCUGACGAACCGUGAAGGUCUACGUGUUGCAGUGCUGGUUAAUGACAUGGCGUCCAUAAAUGUAGACGAAGAGUUGUUGAAGCAGGGUGUGCAGUUCAGCGAAAGCAAGGAUAAGAUGGUCGAACUCCACAACGGUUGCAUUUGUUGCACGCUCCGCGAUGACUUGAUCAAGAAUGUCCGUGACCUGGCGUUGGAGAACCGCUUUGAUUACUUGAUCAUUGAAAGCACCGGUAUCUCGGAACCGUUGCCUGUGGCAACCAGCUUUGUUGCCAAGGACGAGAAAGGGAAGCCUCUUCUCGGGGAGCUUGCUACUUUAGAUACAUGUGCAACUGUGAUCGAUUGUGCAAAUUUCCUCAAGGACUACCAAAGCCUCGAACAGGCAGUGGACAGAAAAGAGCUGGGAGCCGAAAAGGGCGAUGAGCGGACUAUCGUGGAUCUGCUGAUUGAUCAAGCAGAGUUCGCAAAUGUCCUGGUACUCAAUAAAACCGACCUUGUAUCCUCCGAUGAGCUGGGGGAUCUCAGACAACUGCUCAGGAAGCUUAACCCCGGCGCGCAUAUCAUUGAGAGCCAGCACGGCGUGGUCAACUUGGAAUUGCUUUUGAACACCAAGACCUUCGAUCUGGACUCUGCAAGCAUGCAUCCUGGUUGGCAGGUUGAACUGAGCGGAGAGUUGGUCUUCAUCGGUGCCCUCGAAGAGGAGUCAGUCCGGAAGAUCUUGGAUGACGCUUUGGUCACAGAGGAGGAGUACGAUAAAGGCCGGGAGGCGGAGUUUACCAUUGGAGUUGUCAAGACGGAGGGUGACAGGCUCGGUGUGAGCAUUGAUGAAACAGAGGGGAUGCGAAUCACCAACAUCAAGCCCGGGGGGUUGAUUUACAGAUGGAACAUGGAUAAUUUCAGAAAGAAUCCUGAGUUGGUCGUGCGGGCUGGCUACAACAUUGUGGCCAUCAAUGGCGUCAGAGGCCUGAAAGAAAAGAAGCAGAUGGUCAGUGCCUACAGGCACUUGCGAAUUACAAUUUCGCGCCUCUUUGCAGCAGCGAAAGAGCGGCGAUUUCCAUCACACAUGGGCGAAUGA